GUGUUCGGUACUUAUUGGCGGGGACCACGUGUGCAAUGCGGGAAAAGGUGUCGGACUACGCAGCACAUUUUCCAAAAUCGAACUAUUUCAUACACUUAGUUAUUAGGGGCGGCGGCCGUUCCUCUGAAAGCGCGGGCGCGUGCACGGCGGCCCCCCCCAUGAAGACCGGCGGCGCGGCGCAGAGCCUCCCGUUCUCGGGCCGGAAGCGGAGCCUGAUCGGAGACGCGCGCAAGGAGCGCGAGGGCGGAUCUCCGGCACCGGGGCCCUCGCGCUGCACCGACAACCUCGUGUUCGAGGAGAAAGACGGCAAGGUGACCAUGAGCAUCCUCUUCGCUCUCAGCGACGAGAAGAACACCCGACUGUCCAAGGUUACCAAGGUUUUUGAGACUUUCCAAAGCAGGAUCCGUCACAUGGAAUCCCGUCCGUCCAGAAGGUCGAGGGCCGCGGAAGACCUGGAGUUCUUCGUGAGGUGCGAAGUCCACCGCUCCGACGCGGACGUGCUCAUCAACUCCCUGCGGAGGGUCGCCGAGGACGUGCGCGCCGUGCCCGAGGAAAGGGCUCCAUGGUUCCCUCGCAAAAUCGGAGAUCUGGACAAAUGCAAUCACCUCAUUACAAAAUAUGAUCCGGACCUGGACCAGGAUCAUCCUGGAUACAGUGACCCAGAGUACAGGAAAAGGAGAUCAGUCAUUUCCGAACUGGCAUUUUCCUACACACAUGGAGAGCCGCUGCCCAGGGUGGACUACACAGCCGAGGAGGUGUCGACUUGGAGAGAGGUCUACCGGACCCUGAGAAGCAUAUACCCCACUCACGCCUGCAGGCAGUAUCUGGAGAACCUGGUGGAGCUGGAGAGACACUGUGGAUAUGGAGAGGACAGCAUCCCCCAACUGGCAGACAUCUCCGCUUUCCUCAGAGAGAGGACAGGCUUCCAGCUGAGGCCAGUGGCCGGCUUGCUGUCUGCCAGAGACUUCCUAUCCAGCUUGGCAUUCAGAGUGUUUCAGUGCACCCAGUACAUUCGCCAUUCUUCCACACCGAUGCACUCUCCAGAACCAGAUUGCUGUCAUGAGUUACUAGGCCAUGUCCCCAUGCUGGCCGAUAAAGAAUUUGCUCAGUUCUCCCAGGAAAUUGGUCUUGCCUCGUUGGGAGCCUCGGAUGAGGACAUUGAAAAACUGUCAACGCUCUACUGGUUCACGGUGGAGUUUGGGCUUUGUAAGCAGGACGGCUCCGUGAAAGCGUACGGUGCCGGUCUGCUGUCCUCAUACGGAGAGCUCAUGUACGCUCUCUCCGACGAGCCCGAAUACAAGCCCUUCGACCCUGAAGAGUGCGCCAUCCAGCCCUACCAGGACCAGACGUACCAGCCCGUCUAUUUUGUGUCAGAGAGCUUUGAGGACGCAAAGCUGAAGCUCAGGCAGUACUCCUCCACAAUCCGUAAGGCCUUCUCUGUCCGCUACGACCCGUUCACCUGUACCAUGGAAGUUCUGGACGAACCCAGCAAGAUCCAGAGUGCCCUGAGCCAGAUGAGAGAGGACCUGAAGAUUCUGCACGGGGCCCUGGGGAAACUGGCCUGACAGAAUGCUCCAGAACACACACACACACACACGAACCAGACCGGGCCAAAUGGAAAGAACUACCAGAUGCUCGAGAAUUAUAUGUGAAUUUACGUGCCAAAAAGUUCAAUGCAUUUGGAGUGCUGCAUACGGCAUCUGUUCUGUCUCCUUUAAGGUGUGCAUGGUGCGUCUAGUCUUAGUUAGCGUGUCUAAUGUAGUCAUACUUUAUACGCAAGAUACAUGCGUGUACAUGUGUAAAGACAACUGAUCGGCCCUCGGUUGUAUCGUUGAGCCACAAUUUUUGUCAACAGAACAAAAUCAUGUUUUGUCCAUUCCUUAUGAGUACAAUAAAGGGUGUUUUUUUUUUUUUGACAGACUGACCCAGCACAUUUCUGGUUGCUUUGCUUUGCUCUGCU